AUGUCCAGCGGGCAGCGCCGUGCACUGGCUGCGGCACGGCGGGCGGGCUCUGGCACCGCGCUUCACCGAAAGGGGCAGGAGAGGAGCUUCCCUGUGUCGCACCUGCGCAACUUGGUGCUGGUGGCCUGCCACUCGGUCUACACCGGCCUCGACUUCCAUGAGUCAGAGGAGAAGUCCAGCUGGUUUCUUUUGGAUUACCAGAAGGUGCCGGGCCAGACCCACAGCUUUGUCGAGCACAUACAGCUGGGCGUGAAGGAGGCGGCAGCAGACAAAGAUGCCCUCCUGUUGUUCAGCGGCGGCAAGACACGCCGGGAUGCUGGGCCACGAGCUGAGGGCGAAGGCUAUUGGCUGGUGGCCGAGGCAGCCAAGUGGUAUGGAAACGAGGAGGUCCGGGACAGGGCAGCCUCUUGUUUGGUCUGUGUCGCUUUUAUGCAGGACCGCGCACGUGACUCGCUUGAGAACCUCUUGUUUGGUCUGUGUCGUUUUUAUGAGCUCGUGGGACGCUACCCAGAAUUUGUUGUUGUGGUGGGUUACGACUUCAAGAAGCACCGCUUCUCCACCCUGCACCGCACUGCGCUGAGGCUCCCCGAGGAGGGCUUCCGCUACGAGGGCACCCCCGCCCUCAACUCUGGGGCGCUCAAGGGUGAGGAGGCAACUGUGGCGGCAUUUGAGGCGGACCCAUAUGGCUGCAGCCAGGAGCUGGUGGCGAAGCGGCAGCAGCGCGACCCCUUUGGCCGCCUGUGCCACCUGCCUGCCUGCCGCAGGUGUCCUGACAUGGCGGAGCUGUUGCAGCACUGCGGCCCCCAAACAUAUGAUGGGCCCCUGCCGUGGGAUGGCACCGCAUAA